UUACUAAAGCGAACGCUUUAGCUAAAGCUCUCUGUAAACGUUGCUGUGUGACAACUGUAAACUUUUUAUGACAAACGGGACAAAAAUAGCAUCGUUUUACUUGGGGUGAUUUUCUCAUCUAGCAGUAUUCUUUAUGUCGGCUAAAUAAUAAUCACACAGCGGAGCCUGUUCAUUACCUUUAAAUGCUAGCUAGCCUAGCUACCUGAUUACCUGCACAUUAGUCCAACCACAACGACGAACCAGAAGCUGCAACAUCCUGAAUGCUACAUUGUACUAUAUUGGAAUGUUCCAAAACGUGUAAAAGAACACCAUAAUUCAUGCAUCAAUCUGAUACGGCUUUGCUCGUUAUGUUCUGACAGGCCAUGGAUGACUUCACCACACGCACAUAUGGCACCAGCGGCCUGGACAACCGACCUCUGUUUGGAGAAACGUCAGCCCGGGAUAGAAUCAUCAACCUAGUGGUGGGAGUGCUCACGUCGCUGGUCGUUUUAGUGACGGUGAUCAGUUCGUUUGUGUUCCCCUCGCUGCCUCCACGGGGCCUCAAUGUUUUCUUUGCCGUGUGUAUCCUGCUGGCCUGCGGCUCCGCCAUGGUGCUGAUAUUCUGGUACCGACAAGGGGACCUGGAGCCCAAGUUCCGGAACCUGAUCUACUACAUGCUGGCGUCCAUCGUGCUGCUGUGUCUCUGUGCCAACCUCUACUUCCACGACGUAGGGAUGACGUAAGGAGCCGUGUGUUGGAGAUGAUGCCUUAGCCACUUGACGCACCCACAAGACCAAAAGAGAGAGACUCGACACUGACACUUGACUGAGUGGACUUGGCUGUACCAAGCCGUCUUACCAUACCAAAAUGGAGUUUGCGGGCACGGUCGUCCCACACUUGCGCGCACACACACACACACGGAAGUAUGUAGUGCGGUACAGGCUUACCAAGCAGUCGUGUGAACACGAGGAACACUGAGCUGACUCACCCCUGGUCUGGGGGGAGGAAUAGGUGGAAGGGCAAGGAGAAGAUGAAGGAUGGACCUGCAGCUUCCUCCCUUCUCACCUCCCACACUGUAGCCACUCACAUUCAGUCACACACACAGCUGCAGAAACAAAGAAGCAACCGGAAUCUGUGGUAACUAUAUGCAGCAUUACUUCGCUGAUCACUGUCUCUUUCUGUCAACGAAGCCAACAUCAAGGUUGGGUUAAAUUCCAUUUCCAGAUUUUGUCAAUUCCGAGGAAAUUAUUUUCAGGUGACUAAAUCCAAAUCAUGAAUAUAAAAAAAUGUCAAUGCCAAUUAUUGCACUAAGGUUGAACCUAACCUUGUAUUAUGUGAAUAUAGUAAGUCUACACGGUCAUGCACACGCACAUAGGCCAACUACAGCACUUCAGAUGAAGUACCAGUCAUUUAUGCCAAGCUGACAGCAGAGUUGAGCCAGUUAGAGCAAUAAAGGAGAUGUUUUUUAUGCAAUGGGUGACUCGUGACCUGUGGUGUCUGCACAUGGUAAUGACCUUAGGAUUGUUGAAGCCAUUUGUUGCUUUUUUAUGUAAUAUGUUAUGUAAUAAACAAUCAUGUACCCUG